AUGGUUCACCGAAAUGGAAAUUUUGCAAAAUUCAAAGCCAAUUAUUUGUUCGUCGAUAUCGCAAAUCGUCGGAAAGCCUUUUGUGAUGCCAAUCCAACUGCCAAACUCAUCAGCCUAGGAAUUGGUGAUACGACCGAACCUCUUCCGUCACCUAUUAUUGAUGGAUUUAUUCGGAAGGCUCAGGACCUGUCAACAGCGGAGCGUUAUUCUGGUUAUCCCGAUUACAAUGGGUCUGCAAAAUUAAGACAAUUAAUUGCUGACACAUUUUAUUCAAAUCUUGAAAUCCAUCCAGAUGAAAUUUUCAUUUCGGACGGCUCGAAGCCAGAUUUAGCGCGAAUUCAGCUUUUGUUUGGACCUCAAACAACAAUCGCUGUUCAGGAUCCAGUGUAUCCUGCUUAUGUGGACGGUGCUGUUAUUUCGGGCAAAGCUGGAGAUUACAAUGAGAGUGAAGGCCGUUACUCAAGCAUCGUUUACAUGUCAUGUACUCCAGAAAAUGGAUUCUUUCCCGAUUUGUCCAAAGUCAAGCGCACACAUCUUAUUUAUUUCUGUUCGCCAAACAAUCCCACCGGAAUGGCAGCAACAAAGUCUCAAUUAGAAGAGCUUGUCCGAUUUGCAGAAAACAAUAACUCGUUCAUUAUAUUUGAUGCAGCUUACAGUCAGUUUACUGGUUCUCCACCUUCUUUCAUUCUCCGUGUCAGUGAAUAUAUUCAGGAUCCUGAUGUUCCACAUUCUAUUUACUCAAUUGAGGGAAGUAAACGAGUUGCUUUCGAAACGCAAAGCUUUUCCAAAUUGAUUGGUUUCACGGGAGUUAGAUUAGGGUGGACUGUUUGUCCUCGAAAGCUCGAAUAUGAAGGAGGAACUCCUGUUUGGGAUGAUUGGGCGAGAAUUAUGGGCACGUGCUUUAAUGGUCCCAGUAAUCUCGCUGAAGAAGGAGGAAUCGCAACUCUUUCUCCUGAAGGUCUUCGUGGAAUGCGUGAGAUGACUUCAUUCUAUCUGGAGAAUGCAACGAUCAUUCGAGAAGCAAUGGAACGAUUAGGCUUCUCAUGUUAUGGAGGGAGGAAUAGUCCCUAUAUUUGGGUCCGAAUUCCUGGUAAGGAUUCGUGGGCUGCCUUCCAAGAACUUCUCGAAAAGGCGCACGUCGUUACGACACCAGGGGUUGGAUUCGGAAGGGAAGGCGCGGGGUUCAUCCGUAUUUCUGGAUUCGCACAUAGACAGGACGUUCUUGAAGCAGUUGCUCGAAUUACAAAAGCUCUUUCAAACUAA